CUAAAUAUAUUGAUAAUUAUACAUUAAUACGACAUAAAAUUAUAUCUAAAACAUAUUUUAUUAAAAGUAAAGACGAAGAAGAAACUUUUAAAUUAGAAGAAUAUGAUUUACCAAAACUACCUCCUCUGAAAUUAAAUAAAGAAAAUUCAUCCACAGAAAUUGAGUAUGAUACUGAAUUAGAAAUUUUACUUCGAGAAAAUAAAUCAGUAUUAUUAGAUAUUAAUUGGGUUGAACAAAUUAGAGAAGCAUAUAUAAUAUCAUUAGAUCCAAUAAAAAAUACAGUAUUAAUUCAACUUGUGGAUCAGAUGCAAAAAGCAAUUCCUACUGCAGAAUGGGGAGAAAACUUUCAAUGGAAAGAAAAUAUAUCAUCAAAUACAGAUUUUUGGUUUGCAGAAGAAAUACAUGGGAUUAAUUUAGUUUUGUAUUACGCAGAACAAAAUGAUAUUUUAGAAAACACAAUUGAAAUGAAAGAAAAAUUACAAAAAUUUAUAAAUGAAUGUCAUGCAUUUAUACAUUACGAAAGACCAACAAAAUUUGAUGGUUUUGAUUGGUUUUUAUCUACAGUAUUUAUCAUUUGUAAAGGAGAUAUGAACAGAUGUAAAAUGUUUAUUACACAAUUAAUUCAUUUCCCGGUAAUCCCCUUUUUGUGGACUAAUUUUGGUAAAGUUAUAGAUAAGUAUACUAAACAAGAAUGUGCCACUCAAUAUAUAUUUAUGCAAUUUUUAGAAAGUAUUAUUAGCAAUGAACUUUCACAUAUUAAAUUUGCACUCAAGAAUAGUUCUGGAGUGGAUUGGUCCUUAAUAUGUAAUUUAAUGAUAUCUCAAUGCUUUUGGGGUUUACUUCCAUGGUCUCAAAUUAUGCAUUUUUUUACAAUUUGUGUUUUAUUUUCUCCUGAUUACAUAAUAUACUAUUGUACGUCACUUCUAUAUCAUUGUCAAUUUCGAAUAAUGGAAAAUAUAACAAGUGGAAAAUUAUGGCCAGAAAAUAUGGUUUUGGAUGAUUAUCAAUGUCAUAAUUAUAUUAGAUUUAUGGAUUCAUUAGAUAAAAGAUAUAGUAAUAAAAUUUUACCUAAUUUUUUAAUUAAAGGAUUCAAUUAAAAAAAUGAAAUA